CUCAGCGCUAUCUGACGCUGUCCUUCUCCCUCACACUCUCCUCUCGGAAUCCUCUCUUUUUUUCCACAGAAAACAUGCAGAGAGGAGAGGAGGAGGAGAAAAGUAGAAACGCGUCGGAGGCGACAAGAGAGAGAGGAAGCAGAGAAAGUUGGUAGAGGAGCGAGAGGGCGAGAGGAGAGGAGAGGGGUCGACCAGAUGGGAGGAAGGAAGGAAAGGAUCUCUCUGCGGGCUCAAGUGCGCGAUUAAAGGAUUCAUCAUAAAUAAACAAAUAUAUGAAUCAAAGCCUAUAAUAAAAAAAGGGGAGUUAUAGGCGCGCUACCGCGUAGCGUGGACGCGGACAAGCCAGACAGCGGCGGUGCGCGCUGAAACAGCCAAGUUGUGUGUUUCUCUCUCUGGAUUUUACUCCUCAUGUUCUUCAAACUCUCGAUGAGGUUCACUAACUUUUAAGGACAGCGUCUGAAAAACUUUCCCUCCCCUCGGCCCUCCAAUUAACGCUCUCUCCCCGGGAAAAAAAAACCUAAAUAAAAGAGGCUCCGGGGUGGAAGUGGAGGAAGGAAGAGCGCUUUUGUUCCUUCCGAGGAGUCCAGCUCGCCGUAGCCGGGGUUUAGGCGUUGGCACCUGGGCAGGGAGUCCCUCGCCAUGGCCGGGGCCAAGCCGGGAGUCCAUGCGCUGCAGCUCAAACCCGUGUCCGUCCACGAAGCGCUGAAGAAGGGGGGCAAAUUCAUCAAAUGGGACGAGGAGCCCAACAGCGGGCCCCCCACCCUGGUAACCCUGAAAGUUGACCCAGAUGGAUUCUUCCUCUACUGGACUGGAGGGUCCAACCUGGAGGUGGAGAUACUCGACAUGAGCACCAUCAGGGACACGAGAACAGGAAAAUACGCCAAACUGCCAAAGGACCCGAAGCUGCGAGAGGUGCUGGGCUUCGGUAAGGGUGACCACGUCGAAGGAAAGCUGGUAACUGUCGUCCAUGGCAACGACCUGGUCAACACGUCCUUCCUCAACUUCCAGGCUAUGCAGGAAGACACAGCCAAGAUUUGGACAGAUGAGCUGUUCACUUUGGCCACAAACAUACUUUCCCAGAAUGCAUCACGGAACACCUUCCUUCUCAAAGCGUACACCAGGUUAAAGUUGCAGGUGAAUCAGGAUGGGAAGAUUCCUGUGAAGAAUAUUCUCAAGAUGUUUUCAGAUAAAAAGAGAGUGGAGACGGCUCUGGAGCAGUGUGGCCUCCUCAAUAACAGGUCGGAGGGACUCAAGCCAGAUGAUUUCACGUGGGAGGCCUUCCAGAAGUUUCUCGACAGCCUCUGUCUCCGGCCUGAGAUACAAAGCAUCUUUGAGGAAAGUGGCUCCAAGAGGAAGCCAUUCAUCUCUUUGGACCAGCUCAUGGACUUCAUCAACCGCAGGCAGCGAGACUCCAGACUGAACGAGGUGUUGUACCCCCCGCUGAAAAGAGAACAGGUCCGACAGAUCAUGGAGAAAUAUGAGACCAACACCAGCCAGCUGGAGAGGGAUCAGAUCAGUUUGCAGGCUUUCACUCGGUAUCUGGGAGGAGAGGAAAACAGCAUAGUACCUCCAGAGAGGCUGGAUGUCAUCGACGACAUGAACCAACCGCUGUCUCACUACUUUAUCAACUCCUCACACAACACGUACCUCACAGUGGGUCAGCUGACCGGCCUGUCGUCAGUGGAGAUGUACAGGCAGGUGUUGCUGACUGGCUGUCGCUGUGUAGAGCUGGACUGCUGGAAGGGCCGGCCGCAGGAUGAGGAGCCCUACAUCACCCACGGGUUCACCAUGACCACUGAGAUCCCCUUUAAGGAGGUGAUCGAGGCAAUAGCAGAGAGUGCUUUCAAGACCUCGCCAUACCCCCUCAUCCUGUCCUUUGAAAACCAUGUUGAUUCGGCCAAGCAGCAGGCCAAAAUGGCAGAGUACUGCAGGACUAUCUUUGGAGACGCCCUGCUUAUUGAUCCACUGGAGAAAUAUCCGCUCGACCCUGGUCAACCGCUCCCCUCACCACAGGAGAUGCUGGGGAAGAUUCUCAUUAAAAACAAGAAGAAGCACCAACACCAUCGACCCUCGAGUGGUGGCAGCAUACGACGCAGAGAGCAGGAGGAGCAGUCAUCGCCCGUCAAUGACUGUCCUUUGAAUGACAGUGAUGGAAGUCAGCUCCUGUCCAACGGGGAGGAGAAGCUGGCUGAGAGGAUGGUCAAAGACUCUGAGCCUCGCAAGUCCUUAGGAGGCGAAGGAGAGAGUGAGGAGGAGGAGGAGGACGAACCGGCGGCAGAGCUGAAAAAGCCGAACUCUGACGAGGGUACAGCCAGCAGUGAGGUGAACGCCACAGAGGAGAUGUCGACUCUCGUCAACUACAUUGAACCUGUCAAAUUCAAGAGUUUCGAGGUGGCGAACAAGAGGAAGAAAUUCUUUGAGAUGUCGUCGUUCGUGGAAACGAAAGGCAUGGACACGCUGAAGAGCUCCCCCAUUGAGUUUGUCGAGUACAAUAAGAAUCAGCUGAGCCGGAUCUACCCUAAAGGAACACGGGUGGACAGCUCCAACUACAUGCCUCAACUCUUCUGGAAUGUCGGCUGCCAGAUGGUGGCGCUAAACUUCCAGACUCUCGACCUCCCUAUGCAGCUGAACAUGGGUGUGUUUGAGUAUAAUGGCGGCAGCGGCUACCUGCUGAAACCUGAGUUCAUGAGGAGGACGGACAAACACUUUGACCCUUUUACAGAAAACAUAGUAGAUGGUAUAGUGGCCAAUACUGUCAAAAUUAAGGUGAUCUCAGGCCAGUUCCUGUCGGACAAAAAGGUUGGUGUGUACGUGGAAGUGGACAUGUUCGGACUUCCUGCUGACACAAAGAGGAAGUACAGAACCAAAACAUCCAAUGGGAACUCGCUGGACCCCGUAUGGGAUGAUGAAAUGUUUGUGUUUAAUAAGGUGGUCCUCCCUACGCUGGCCUCUCUGAGGAUAGCAGUGUUUGAAGAAAACGGCAAGUUCAUUGGACACCGGAUUCUCCCUGUGUCGGCCAUUAGACCUGGCUAUCACUAUAUUAACCUGAAGAAUGAGCUAAACCAGCCCCUCCUCCUGCCCUCUCUGCUGGUUUACACUGAAGCUCAGGACUACAUCCCCAAUGAACACCAGGAGUACGCGGAGGCUCUGACCAACCCAAUUAAGCACAUCAGUCAAUUGCACAAGAGAGAGACACAGCUGGCUGUUCUCAUAGAGGACAACAGUGAGCAUAUCACCAACCAGCCCAAAGAGGGAGAGACCAGGAGAGAGAGUGACGUCAUUCCAGGAGGUCGCCUCCCACCCCCCUUCCACGCCCUCCCUCCCUACCCAUUGGAUGAUUCUCCUGAUGUCAUCAAAUUAUCACCGCCAGCACCAAGUCAGAGAGAAGACCUCAUAGCCACUGUUCUGGCAGAGGCCCCUGCCCAGUCUAUAGAGGAGCUGAAGCAACAGAAGGGUUAUUUGAAGCUGGUGAAGAAACAUAGCAAAGAACUCAAAGAGAUUCGUAAGAAACACCUCAAGAAGCAGGUGUGGAAUCUGAGUAAGGAACAGAAGAGUCGGAGUAGCAAGAUUGAAUAUGAGACCCAGAAGCGACGCAGUCAAAUGGAGAAACACCUCAAACGUAGCAUGAAAAAAAACGAGCCCCCGGAGCCGGUGCAAAGUGAGCUGACAGCGUUGAAUCAGGAGAUUGAGAAGCAGACGGUCCAGCUGAGGGAAUGGCAGAUGCAAGAGCUGCUGAAGCUCCGACAGCAGCUUCACGCAUCCGAGAGAGAGAAGCAACAAACACACCUGAAGGAGGCCUUCCAGAAGUUAAAGGAGACGGCCCAUGAAUGCCAAGCAGCUCAGCUGAAAAGGCUCAGGGAGACGUGUGAGAAGGAGAAGAAAGAGCUCCAGAAGAUCCUGGACAGGAAGCGACAAAACAGCAUCAGCGAAGCCAAGAGCCGUGAAAAAGACAAGGCUGAAAUGGAACUGAAUGAGAUCAACAGGAAACAUAUUCAAGAUUCUGUCGCCUUAAUCCGCAGGCUGGAGGAGGCUCAGACCAGGAGACAGGACAAGCUGAUGCUGAGGCAGCGGGAGGUGCUGCAACACAUAGAUGAGGAACUUCCAAUGCUCCAGACUCAGUUGGAGAGGGAACUGGAGGAGGAGUAUCAGCGACUGCCGGAGGAGAUCUGCCAGCACCUUCAGAUGGAGCUCCAGAACAAAGGUCUCCGAAAGGAUGCCCUGUUCUCGUCCUUGUCCAAUCACAGCAGCCCCAGCCCCAGCUCCGGUUCGGGCCCACCCUCCAACUGCUCCACGCCCUCCUACCCGUCAACGCCCAAUCGGGGCACCUGGAACAGGACCAUGGACAAUAGCACUGCCUCAUUGGCUGACUCCACUUCCUCGUCCACCACUCCCGUCCUGUCGGAGGCGGAGAUGUCGUUCAGUUAAAAUUAUUACCUGUAAAAAGGAAAAUACAUACAUUCAACUGGGGUCUAUAAUGAUUAUAAUGUGGGAUAGUAAUGAUAUUAAUUAUUAACUAAUUUUAUUCCUUUUUUAUUACAGACUGUUUUUGUUCGUGUCUACAGAGCUAUAUUAUUUUUUAUUUUGCUGUUAUUGUCAGAUGACACAUGAUGCGUUUUGAAGAUUUCAUAAGAAUCAUAACCAUUUUUUUUUUUUUUAAUACAUUUUUGUGUCUUUUUGUCUUGCUUUUAAUGUCAUAUCCUUUCAUACCCUUUUCUGUGCAGCAUUCCCAUUGUCUGGUCAGUAAGCUUUGCUGUGGUUUUUGUGACACCACGCACUUUAUGUUCACACUGUUUUUUAACAGUUUUAACUUUUUUUUUAUUUUAUUUUUUUUAAGCUUUAAACUGUAGAGAAAGGAACAGGGUUAGACAAUGACUGCCUUUGUAAAGGUAAACUUUGUAACUUACAUACAGUUGGGCCAAGCGACUACCAUUAUGGUAAUAAGUAAUUCUCACUACAAAAGUUUGAUAUUUUGUUUGUAGCAACAUCUGACCAAUGAGAUUGCUUCAUAAUGGCCUCAUGUCCUAUGAGUAGAUGAGCAACUAUUUCCAACAUGUGAGUGCUACAAAUAAAUAUCAAAAACCAAAUCUUUUUCACCUUUGAAAGUAAAAAUAAUCAAGGUUAGAGAAGUAUUUUUCAGAAUUGAGUGUCAAGAGGGAAUAUAAAGGAGAAGAGGGCUGAAUUUUUAUCCAGAUUUUUUAGAGACUUAAAAAAGUAAGUUUAAAAGCUUAUGUUUUGGCCGUAAUGACAGUAGCUGACCAGCAAGCGGUGCUGCAGCCUUUACUGUUUAUGUUAAAUUGGUUGUUUGAGCUUUUCAUUCAUGCCAGCCUGAUUAUCCUAUUACACUGUACUUGCUCACACACCUGUCUCGGCAGGGUUUGCAACGUCAUUGGUCGGGAUAAAGUCUCUGGCCCUUCAAAACCCAGCCAAGGUUGAAUUGCGGGUGGUCAGCAGACGACCAUCUGGCUACAAAACGAGUGUGUGUGUCUUUGAGUGUAAAUAAUGGAGGGUUUAAGUGAUGUAACACUCAGUUUUGCACACACACAUGCUUGACUGUAUUUUCUACUGAGGCAUCUAUGGUGAGGCGCUCUAUCUACACACAGUGGUACAUAAAUACACACACACACACACACACACACACACACAGCUUAUUAGUUCAGAGGCCAAAAGUCUCUAAAAUCCUCAUUCCAUCCAAUCUAUCCCGCUUGAAAAUAGAAUGCACACACAAACACACAAGGAAAGAACUUCAGUAAUUUUACAAAUAUUACAGAUUACUAAAGUGUGUGUGUGUGUGUGUGUGUGUGUGUGUGUGUGUGUGUGUGUGUGUGUGUGUGUGUGUGUGUGUGUGUGUGUGUGUGUGUGUGUGUGUGUGUGUGUGUGUGGCCAGAAGUUAAUCUCUUGAUGAGACAUCUGCUUUUCGGGACAGUAAUACUUUGUACUAAAUGGAAAGAGUGCACUGUGGAUGUGUGUGUGUGUGUGUCCAUGUAUGUUGUUGCAGUUAGUUUGACACUUUUGCAGCCUGGAAAAAGACCUCAUACAGUCUUCAGACUAUGUCUUAAAGCUGCAUUAUUACAUUUUAAUGUAAAAAUGCACUCAAAUUUUUAGUUUAAAUCAUCAAAGUGAGGCAAACACAUGAGGGUUUUGCUUCAAUGCUCAAUUUGACAAAUUAUUAUUGGUACAGUGUUAUAAUGUUGUGGUAAGAAAUCGUGUCACAGCUCAGAAAGUAACCACAUGGGCAGCAACUUUUACUUCAGGUCUGCCAUGAGGGGAAAUCGUGCGUUGCUAUGAAAAACUAGUUCAGUUCUCUUGUUUCCAGAAUUGUCACUGGACAUAGGAACUGCUUGUGUAAAUUUUAUUUUAGGGUGAAUAUGCCCUUUAAAAUAUCCCUCAGUGUGUUUAAGCCUCCAUUCAAGCCGAAUGUUGAAUGUGGUGCACAUACUAAAUGGUACUUUAAAAGUCUGUGUUUUUGUUUUUUUUCUUUAUCAAAGCUUCUUCUCUCUUUAUUUUCAUCCAUUAAUGGAGACUUCAAUUAUUUUUUUUACAGCAAAAUGUAAAUGGUUCUUUUCUUUCCUGCCUCGUCUACUUUGAGGGGUAAAAUAAUGGCACUCUGUGUAUAUGUAUUCUGUGUAUAUGUUUAGUUUUAUGUGAAUUUUACUACUGACCACAAGUGCUGAAGAGGAAUGGAGGUCAGGAGAGGCUGAGGGAGGAAACACAAGUGAAUUUAAUUUUUACUUUUUCUCAAAGAAAAGAUUGUUUUUAGAUUCAGCGAGUCCUGUCUUAUCCUCUCCUGCCUCCCUUCCUCUGUGAGCACUGGCUGCCUGUCUGUCUGAUUAUUCCCCCUCACACACAAUUUGUAAACUAUCAUCUAUUUAAAUUGAAUUUUAACAACUUUUUCUUUUGUGGUUAUUUAAGUUUUAAUUGAUGGAAGAAACUAUCUGUAUCCAUUCAUUCAAUUAACGCUUUGCAGAGCGUUAAAGGUUUUCAUGUAUCAAGCUCAUUAUGAAUUCAGUAUCUUUAAGCAUUUUAAUGUGCAUGAAAUUUAAUGGAGCUCUGCUUUGUCUUGACACAGGGUUUUUCAGGUUAAACACUAUAAAGAAAGCAACACAAAGACAAUAACUGUUAUGAAAUUGUUGGUUUAACUUACCGGACAUUCGUAGGACAGCAAACGUACACCCACUGGGGUCAGCACUUUCUUUAAAUGAAUACACUGACCUUUUAGUCUCUGAUAUUUUAACAGUUAAAGAUUGCCAGACUGUUCACCUCUGGCUGUCCUGCUCUCUGUGUGCCACACUGCACUACAGUAUGUAAAUGUUGUGCUGAGCUGUCUCAUUUCCGACGCUAAUGUAUACAGUGUGAGUAUGUACUUUAUUGGGAAGAGGCGGAGGUGAAACUGCCACCAGUCUUCUCAAAUCAAAUGGUUUGUUUUCUGAAAAAAGUUGAUGCAUUCCUUGCAGGCUGUCUGCUUUAGGGUCAAGGUGGUCCAAGCCAUUCCAAGUCCAGUGGCAAGUAUUCAGAAUAACAUUUGUAAGAUUUGUACAUUAUCACCAGGUACUCAGAGGGUUUUUUCAUUAUGUUUGAGGUGAAAACGGCCCAUUUUGGUGCAACCCCUUUCAGCUCUUUUCAUGUUUAAAUGCACUUUUACCAUUGUCUUGUUUCGGUUGCUUGUAAAAGUCUAUUGUUCCUUUGACAUGGAUAUUAAUACAACCACAUGAUUUUUUUCUUUUUGUGUGAACAGCAGUUGUUUAAUUUUAUGGUUUAGUGGCCAUUUGCAAAAGAGUCCUUGAGCACAUUUUGACAGGAAAGGGUUUUUUUCCUUUGCACUUUGAGCUUUUUUUUUUGUAUUUGGUACUAUUUGUAUUAACAAAAGCUUUUUUUAUACUGUGUGUUAAAAGUAAUCACAUAAAUGAGAAUGAAACAUAUUUUACCACUUACAAAAACCUUUGUCCUUCAGAUAAAUAUAGAUAAAAUAGAUAAAUUGUGUAACUAAAUUGUUACCAGACACGUUAAAUCUAACAAAUGCAUUAACUGGCACUGGAGUCACAUUUCUACACAAAAGUUUUUGUGUGGAGCUGCAAUAUAAUAACUGCACCUACAGUACAGUUAUAUACUGUAUUAUAGUUUCAGACUAUUUCCACAGGUGCUAAUAUAUCAGGAAAAGAUAUAAUAUAUAUAUGUCUAAUGUGUAAAAUGCCACAAACCACAAGUAUAUCAGAUAUUAUAAAUUUGUUUUCUUUUUUAGUCUUUGACCCUUUUCUUUAGUAAAAAUACAGAUUAUUGGUUCUAGAUGGCAGCCAGUAGCUUUAAAAUUAAAAUAAGAUAUAAAGUUUUAUGUACUUUGUAGAUCCUGAAAGGAGUUUGACCUUAUAAGAACUGACACCAGAGUGAUCAGUGAACUGUUAGCUCUGAGACUGGAAAGUAGUGGGAUAUGAAAGGGCUGCUUUAAUACAGGAUCGUUAGUUAGAAAUAAUGACUCGUAUGCUCCAAAAUACAGAUCAGUUUGAAAAAACUAAAUACCACAGUUCUUUAUUUGACUACUGAGUGUUUGAGCCUCUCCCAGGUUUUUGGUUACUGUUUUGGUUGAGUCUCAGUGCUCUCAUCAAGUCUGUUUCUGACUGCAGCUGUUCCAAUAAACUCAGUGCGCACUACAUGUGAAGACAAAGUUAACAGUUAGUUGGUGAAAUAGUGGCCUGUUCAACAGCUUCUCAGGUGUUGGAAACCAAAACAGCUCAAAGGAAAGUGAAUACUGGACUAUAUGACAGAAUGAAUGCUAAUGUUGCUAAUUGUUGUGUAUAUAAGCAACUGUUUGAAAAGUUUAUCACUUUUAUCUCAUGGAUUAGUAUGAAGGUUUAUAUUCUUUCUGUGAUGCCUUCCUUUACAUACUAGCCCACAUAUGCUAAAUCUAUAGCAUGUGCACUGGAAACAUAUCUGCUACCUACCAGUCACACAGUUAACUCCGAGUCAGUCUUUUGUCAGAUUUUGUGCAAAAUAGGUCAAACUCCCAAGAAGCCAGUAUAGCCCCUUUAAAACAUAAUAAUGAGACAAGGUAUCAGUUUUAAUCAGGAACCAUGACACCAAAAAGGCCAGCAUUGGUUCUCUUUCCCCCGGUUUAUGCUUAGAUUUGGCCUGUGCUUCUUUGGCACACGGAGAGAAGCGCAAUCAGUGUGCUAGCGCCGUUAGCAAGUUUCCUUCCCACCAGAAUGGAGCCCGGGGGUUGUUUCUUGUCAGCCGUGAGCUUUAACCUCUGUUAUUUCUGUCCUUUUUAGGUUGAAAACACUCAUUUAAAAGGACACGCACAAUAUCAUACUCUGACACAAACACGGCAGCGUACCAUUAGACACUGCGCUCACUUCAGCAUUACAAACACAAACACUCCUUGACUUUACUCUUAUUAGACAUUUGGUGUGACUAGUCUGCCUCGGGCCCACCCUGAGGACUCUGGCUGUCAUGUCUUCUCUCCCUCUUCUUUUUUUUCCUCCCCAUGUGUACCCCUCUGUCCCAUUUCCAUUCCCUCAGUUUCACCAAAUAAUGAGACCAUCUUUUACUUUUGGAUUAGUUAAAUUAUGUAAAAGCAGCAGCAGCAUUGUUUGUACACUUCAGAUAGUGAAGGAAGCAUGCAUUAGAGACGAUAUGUAAUGAGGUUUGUUGACACUGUAUAUCUAGUGUAUAUUAUGAUUGCUGGAUAUAAAGGGAAUACUAUACAAUGAUCCAGAUGUAAUAUUUUAUUGUUACUUCACAAUUAAUAAAAAGUAUACGGCUGAACAUUCAGUAAUAAACUUCCUUUACGGAGCUGAA